AUGGACUGUUGGUACGGGCAAGCGUACUUGUCAAGAAUGCGCAAUUCCUGCAGUAAUGGGUGUUUUAAAGAUGUGUCGUUUCCUUUUUGUGAGAUGAGAAUGAGGCAACUCCAUGGACCAGAUCGUACAAGACCUUUGCCUAAUACUCCAGAGCUUGAGAUGACAAUAGACUUGUGUGAGAGAAAGAAAAGUCCAUCAUGGGAUGUUGAUGAAGUUAUGGAUCGUUGGAAAUGGAUGAAGCCUCCACCUGCUAGCCAAAAGGCAGGGAAUGCUUUGGUUCCUAUAAGGAGAGGAAGACUCUGA